AUGGAUUUUUCACUCCCACAUUGUUUUUGCUUCUUUCUUCUGCUGCUGCCAAUUUCUACCAGUGGCCAGACUUACAGAAACAUAUCUUUGGGCUCGUAUCUCACUGCUGCAAAAGAUAAAUCUUCUUGGACUUCACCAUCUGGAGAUUUUGCUUUUGGAUUCCAACAAGUUGGCGAUGCUGGCUUCUUGCUAGCCAUAUGGUUCAACAAAAUACCUGAAAGAACCAUAGUCUGGUCAGCUAAUAGAAAUGAUCUAGUUCGGAGGGGAUCGAGAGUACAAGUUACCACAGAUGGUCAGUUGGUCCUCAGUGAUCAAUCAGGCAGGCGAAUACGGAUCGCCGAUUCUGUUGAAAAUGGAGUUGCCUAUGCAGCCAUGCUUGACACAGGAAACUUCGUGCUAGCAAGCCAAUCUGCUGCCAAUUUGUGGCAGAGUUUUGAUCAACCAACAGAUACAAUGUUGCCCACGCAGAAUCUGAGUCUAGGUGGGGAACUAAUUGCUCCCUACCUAGAAAGGAAUUAUUCGGAUGGAAGAUACAAGUUUAUUCUGAGCACUGAGGGGAAUCUCCAAAUGUACACCACAAGGUAUCCAUCAACUGCCAAUAAUGUUGCUUAUUGGUCCACCCCAAGUCCUACAGUCGGUGGUUAUCAGGUGAUCUAUAACCAGUCUGGCUAUAUGUAUCUUGUAGCAAAAAAUGGUACUGUACUUAAUUUUGUAUUCUCUAGUUCGGUAUCAAUGCAAGAUUUCUACCAGAGGGCAACCCUAGACUAUGAUGGAGUUUUUAGGCAAUAUGUGUACCCAAAGGCUGCUGCUUCAAGACGUAGAAGGUGGAAUAUGGCCUGGACAAGUUUGUCUCCCUCCAUACCAUCAAAUAUCUGCCUGAGUACUAGGGGAGCGGUCGGCGGUGGAGCUUGUGGUUACAACAGCUAUUGCAGUUUAGGAGGAGAUCAAAGACCAAGUUGCCAGUGUCCUUCUGGUUACACUUUCUUGGAUCCAAAUGAUGUGAGGAAGGGAUGUAAGCAAAACUUUGUUUCACAAGAUUGUGACCAGCCAUCGGAAGAGACUGAUAACUUUGACUUCAUGGAUAUGCCUAACGCAGAUUGGCCAGACAAUGAUUACGAACAUUUUGAUUCAGUGGACGAGGAUUGGUGCAGACAGGCUUGCUUGAGUGACUGCUAUUGUGCUGUUGCCACAUUCAAAGAUCGAAAUUGUUGGAAGAAGAGAAUCCCUUUCUCGAAUGGGAGAAUAGAUCCAAGCUAUGGUACAAAGGCCCUGAUAAAAGUAAGGAUAGGCAACUCUACUACAGGUCCAAGCUCAAAGAAGAAUGAUCGAUCCACUUUGAUCAUAACAGGCUCCGCACUUUUAGGUAGCUCCGUCUUUCUAAAUGUUCUCUCACUGAUAGGAAUCUAUGUGUUCAUUUCUCGAUUGAGCAGACAAAAACAAAAAAUGAUCCAGCCACUUAACGUCAUGCCAGGCGUGAAUCCGGUAAGUUUUACUUACAAUGAGCUCGAAACAGCUACCGGAGGAUUUAAGGAAGAACUGGGAAGUGGUGCUUUCGGAACUGUUUACAAAGGGGAUCUAGCCAAUGAAGAUACACCCCUCAUUGCAGUAAAGAAGUUAGAAAAGAUGGUCGAACAAGGCGAGCAGGAAUUCGAAACGGAAGUGAAAGUUAUUGGCAGAACAAAUCACAAGAAUUUGGUCCAACUUCUCGGAUUUUGUAACGAAGGGCAACAUCGACUUCUGGUCUAUGAAUACAUGAGUAAUGGCUCCUUGUCAAUCUACCUAUUUGGAGAUUCGAGGCCUAAUUGGUACCGAAGAGUGCAGAUUGCAUGUGAUGUAGCAAGAGGGCUCCUUUACCUUCACGAAGAAUGCAGCUCCCAGAUAAUCCAUUGUGAUAUCAAGCCUCAAAAUAUCCUUCUCGACGAAUCUCUUAACGCAAGAAUUUCUGAUUUUGGACUAGCCAAGCUGUUGAAGAGAGACCAAACUAAAACAACAACAGCAAUCAGGGGGACCAAAGGGUAUGUAGCUCCUGAAUGGUUCAAGAACCUCCCUGUUACAACUAAAGUAGAUAUUUACAGCUUUGGCAUUUUGUUGCUCGAGCUAGUUUGCUGUAGAAAGAAGUUUGAGCUUGAUGUAAUGGAAGAAGACCAGAUAGUUCUUGCAGACUGGGCAUAUGAUUGCUUCAAAGAAGCAAAGUUAGACCUUUUAGUAGAAGCAGACGAAGAGGCCAUGGAAGACAUGAAAAGGGUAGAGAGGUUUGUGAUGGUAGCAAUUUGGUGCAUUCAGGAGGAUCCAUCUUUAAGACCUGGAAUGAAGAAAGUUGUACAGAUUUUAGAAGGAGCUGUUCAAGUCUCUAUUCCUCCUGAACCUACAUCAUUUAUCAGCUCAAUCUAA